UUCUCACACCAAAUCAAACCUGGCAGUCCUCUGAGGUUUGAACGCCUCUCUCUCUCUCUCAACAAUUCCUCCAUCCCCAGCCUUCCAGGCAAAUAAUAGUUUUCUCCAGACGAUUUUACCCUUCACGUCCCAUCUAAAUUUCCAAAAAUAGCUCCUUUUUUCUUUUGUAGAUUCCACUAACAGUCAAAGAUCCUCUUCUUCUGUUGAUCACCUUCUCACCUUCUCUCUUUCUCGGCGCUCAUGGCUGCUUGACUAGAAACUGAAUCCAUGGACUUGACGGAAGGAGUUGGAGAGAGUUCGUCGCCGCCGAGAGGCUUCGGGAGCUUCUCUAACUACGAUGUACGUAAUGAUGUCUACAAUCGGCUGACAGAGAUCGGUACUGGGGAGACCGUCUCCAAUCCUGAGUUUCGGGAGCUGCUCGACGCUCACUUCAACCGACUUCCCGCUAGUUAUGGACUUGAUGUUAACAUGGAUAGAGUAGAAGAUGUUUUGUUGCAUCAGAAACUUCUUUCAAAAGCACAGGAUCCUGAGGAGCGGCCAGUAUAUCAUAUCCGUUUCUUGGAGAACCUUUGCAAUAGGGCAGAUGGUGAUUAUGAUGGACAAUUCUCAAGCACCAUGUCUAUUCCACAGCCACCAAGUGACGAAGAUAAUGAGUCUGUCAUGUUAUUGCAUAAGAGAACCAAGGAUUGUGCUGUUGACUUUGAACCUUGCUCUAAGCUUGAAGACCUAAAUUUGGAUGUCAGAAAGGACAUGAAGAGAAAAUCCCUUACAGAGAACUUCUGCGCAAGGCAAGACGUUUCAUCGGUUCCAAUCCAUGAGGUCAUAUUUUCAACUGUCGACAAGCCUAAGCUUCUUAGUCAGCUCUCUGCUUUGCUUUCUGAUAUUGGACUUAACAUCCGUGAAGCACAUGUAUUCUCAACAACAGAUGGCUACUCCUUAGACGUAUUUGUGGUGGAUGGCUGGCCUACUGAGGAUACAGAUGAUUUAUAUAAGGCUAUGGAAAAAGCAGUAGCUAGACAUGAGGGGUCCUGGUCUGGUUCUUCACAUGGUCGUUGUGCCGCAAACAAAGGAUCAGCUGGACAGGCAAAAAUUGGGGACUGGGAAAUAGAUAGAAGAUUAUUAAAGAUAGAAGAAAGAAUUGCAUUUGGAUCCUGUGGUGACCUGUAUCGUGGAAAUUACCUUGGUCAAGAUGUUGCUGUAAAAGUUUUAAGAUCUGAGCGUUUGAAUGCUGCUGUGGAAGAGGAAUUUACUCAAGAAGUGGCAAUUUUGAGGGAGGUCCAUCAUAGAAAUGUUGUUCGUUUCAUUGGUGCUUGUACAAAGUUUCCACAUUUGUGCAUAGUGACAGAGUAUAUGCCUGGAGGAAGUCUAUAUGAUUACUUGCACAAAAAUCAUAAUGUAUUGAAACUCUCUCAACUACUGAAGUUUGGAAUUGAUGUUUGUAAGGGAAUGAAUUAUUUGCAUCAGAACAACAUAAUCCAUAGGGACCUAAAGACAGCAAAUUUGCUGAUGGACACUCAUAAUGUUGUUAAGGUGGCAGAUUUUGGUGUUGCUCGGUUCCAAAAUCAAGAAGGAGUGAUGACAGCAGAGACUGGAACAUACAGAUGGAUGGCACCUGAGGUUAUAAAUCAUCAGCCAUAUGAUCAGAAAGCAGAUGUGUUCAGUUUUGCGAUUGUAUUGUGGGAGCUAGUGACAGCCAAGAUCCCAUAUGAUAAUAUGACUCCCCUACAAGCUGCACUAGGAGUGAGACAGGGACUCCGUCCUGACCUUCCUGAGAACACACACCCAAAACUAUUGGAGUUGAUGCAGAGAUGUUGGGAAGCUGUUCCCAACAAUCGACCUUCUUUCUCUGAGAUAACGGCUGAACUUGAAACACUUCUUCCAGAAGUCGAGGAAACUAUAGUGGCAGUGAAUGGUAGCUAAAGUUAUGGUACGUGAUUUCUAACCACCACGUUUUUCGAAAGUGUUUUUUUUGGAUUCUUGGGAUUUUUUCAAUAGGUAUCCAGGUUAUAUUGUACAACUGAGAUUUUAGUUUCAAGGGAGGCUGUCCAACAUGAUGUAAAUUAGCGGAAUGACAAUCUGUGCCUUUUUUGGGAUGGUCCUUUCUUCUCCCUUUUUUUAACACACUGAUGCGCCUUGAUAAUUAUCUUGUAAGACAUUGUACUCGAGUAUUUUACUACAGUUGAUGUUAUCCAUUGAUAUAGUGAAAAUACAUGUGUUUGCAUAACGUUUACA